AUGAGUAUAAAUAGGAAUCUCUGGAUUGCACUUCACCACACAUCAACACCAAGUAUCGAACUUAUCGAAGCCAAACCAAACAUGAAGUUCUUCGUCCUUUUGGCCAUUCUGGUUGUUGCUGCUGCCCAAGAAGCCACCUACAACAACCGAUACGAUAACAUCGAUGUUGAAGAAAUCCUGAAGUCGGAUCGUCUAUUCAAAAACUACUUCAACUGUCUGAUGGAUGCCGGUCCAUGCACUCCGGAAGGAACCGAUCUGAAGAAGUACCUACCGGACGCCCUGGAAACGGGAUGCACCAAGUGUACCGAGAAGCAGCGCGAUACCGGAAACAAGGUGAUCGCUUGGUUGAUCGAGAACCGUCCGAUGGAGUGGACCAUGCUGAAGGCCAAGUACGAUCCGGAGAACAAGCUGACUGAACGCUACCGGGAACUGGCGGCUAAGGCUGGAAUUGCUUUGUAAAUGUUAUAGAUUGAAUAAAAACAUCCUUUCUAUUUUGAACAUUAAA